AUGCAGCCCUCGCCGGCGCCAAGGGAGGCCGAGCACGGAGCACCGCGGGAGCGAGCCGGGAAGGACGCGCAGGACGCGGGGUCCCCUGAGAAGCGCGCCAAGGGGGCACCCGCAAGGGAGCACCCCAAACCGGGCUGGGCCCUGUCGCAGGAGGAGCUCGCGGCCAUGACCCCCGCGCAGUGCCGCCGCCACCUGCUCUUCAGCGACUUGCUUGAGGACGUGGGCACGACCCCCCACAUCCUCCCGCGCGAGUCGGUAGAGCUGGGGUACGGCAUGCCGGACCCACUGGGGUGGGCGCAGUCGCUGGAGCCGCCGACGGCGCGCCAGGACCGGCUGCUCGGCGUCCUCAAGGCGGCCGAGGCCCGCGGACGACUCCGCGCCUUGCGGCUGCGCUACACCCGCAUGCGGGCGGAGGAGAUCUCGCUGCUCAUCCAGCAGCAGAAGUCCGCGCGCGCCGCCAUCCGGCUGGAGAUGUUCCUGCCGCCGCAGCUGAGACCCACGCGCAUCCCGGACUCCCUGGACCGCCAAGAGCGGCGGCGCGUGGAGACCAUGCUGGAGGAGAAAAUCGAUGGCGGCAAUCUCUGCGGUUACGGCAACCGCUUGCUGCGCGACCCUCCCGCAUAA